GUUCGGAGUCGUUGAUCGUCGGUAUCGCCAACAUGACAUUAAAGUCGUUUAUUUGAAGCGACGAGCUCGUUACGUGACGUCGUCCGUACUUUAGCGCAAAGUCAGUAAAUUUGUUGGAGCACUUAGCUCAAAUUAGCAUUCUUCCUUCGUUCGUUAUCAACAGCGUAUGUAGUACCGAUAACGGCGUUUCGAAAGUCUUCAGACUGUGAUAUCAGUAUUGAGGUGCGUAAGUGAGAGCUAGCGAGAUCCUCGGCAUUCGGAGCAUAAAAUUUGUUCGAGAGGUGGUCAGGUGGCGUGAAAAUAACUGGAAUAAAGUAUAUAAGUAAGAAAAAAUCAAAAUAUAACAAUCGAACAUCGACCAGCAAGUAGAUCAGUUCAAAAUGGCGGACAGCGGUGACGGUCCCGACAGUACAACGUCUGGAAAAGAUGCUAGAAAUCGGGUUUCCGAUUGUCCAGUUACGGAUCCGGGCACCGUAACGAAGAGCCUAGAGGCUUCAAAUAAUGCCUUUCACGGCCCGAGAGCAAAAUUAGAAACAAAAUCUGGCGCUUUGAAGAAAUCCAACCGAUACAGAAGCCGAUCUCUCUCAGCUAGCAGCACUGAUAGCUACAGCUCCGGUAUGAGAAGUUCAUCGGACGAGGAUGACGUAUCGCCGCGUGAAAAAAUCCAGAAGACAGAAAAGGGAUUCUCAGAUUUCUGUGUACGUAAUAUCAAUCAGUACGCAUUUGGGCGAAGAGAAAUUGAAAUCGCCGAACAAGAAAUGCCGGGAAUCAUGGCACUGCGAAAACGCGCCGCGGAGGACAAACCGCUGAAGAACGCCAAGAUAGUCGGUUGCACCCAUAUCAACGCCCAGACUGCUGUUCUCAUCGAAACGCUCGCGCAGCUGGGUGCUCAAGUUCGAUGGGCGGCGUGUAACAUAUAUUCAACGCAGAACGAAGUUGCCGCAGCGCUAGCUCAUGCCAAUUACUCUAUAUUUGCGUGGCGAGGAGAGACGGAGGAGGAUUUCUGGUGGUGCAUCGACAAGUGUGUUGCAGCUGAAAACUGGCAACCUAACAUGAUUCUAGACGACGGUGGAGACGCGACGCAUUUAAUGCUGAAAAAAUAUCCCGCCAUGUUUAAAAUGAUUCAAGGAAUUGUGGAGGAAAGCGUCACCGGUGUACACAGGCUUUAUCAGCUCUCCAAAGCUGGCAAACUAUCGGUGCCGGCAAUGAAUGUCAACGACAGUGUUACCAAAACAAAAUUCGACAAUCUUUACAGCUGUCGCGAGAGCAUUAUUGACAGCUUGAAGAGAUCCACCGACGUUAUGUUUGGUGGAAAACAAGUCGUGAUCUGCGGAUAUGGCGAAGUUGGAAAAGGAUGCUGUCAGGCACUCAAAGGAUUGGGUUGCAUUGUCUACAUCACAGAGAUAGACCCGAUUUGCGCUCUUCAAGCAAGCAUGGACGGAUUCAGAGUGGUGAAACUUAACGAAAUUAUCAGAAACGUUGAUAUCGUUAUAACUGCAACCGGUAACAAAAACGUUGUCACCCGAGAACAUAUGGACAAAAUGAAGAACGGAUCGGUCGUCUGUAACAUGGGUCAUAGUAACACGGAAAUAGAUAUCAACAGCUUGCGAACACCUGACUUGACCUGGGAAAAAGUCAGGUCUCAAGUCGAUCACGUGAUUUGGCCGGAUGGGAAGCGCAUCGUCCUCUUAGCCGAAGGAAGAUUAGUCAAUUUAUCAUGCUCCAGCAUCCCAUCGUUUGUCGUAUCCAUAACAGCGGCUACUCAAGCGCUUGCGUUAAUCGAACUUUUCAAUGCCCCACCAGGACGAUACAAGAGCGACGUUUAUCUCCUGCCGAAAAAGAUGGAUGAAUACGUAGCAUCUUUGCAUCUGCCAACAUUCGAUGCUCACUUAACCGAGCUUUCAGACGAACAAGCGAAAUACAUGGGCCUUAAUAAGGCUGGUCCGUUCAAGCCCAACUACUAUCGUUAUUAAAGACGGUACGUUUUGUCGACCAUGACAAUGGGCUGGAUGAAAAGGCACUGCCAACUCUGAACGAGAUGCAGAAAGUAUCG